AUGUCAAACACAUUUAAUGUUUUUUCACGUUUCAUUUUUCAAAAGGAUUCAAAUUCCAUGCAACAAGAAUGUCGACGUGACCUUAUAAAACGUAUAUUAUUCGAAGCUCAAUCUAAUGCAAUAGGUAAUAGCCUAAUCGAAUCACAUCAAGAUGAAGUUCGUUAUAUUGAUGUAAAUCAAUUUUUAACGGAGAAAGAAAAAGCACAUGCAAAGAAGAUCAUUAACUUUAAUAAAGAUGUUGAAAAUCUUCUCUUUGAAAAAGGACCAAAAUAUAAACAUGAGAAGUGUGGUCGUUUCGGCUUCACUACUUCGUUUUGCGAAAACUGUGCUCGUGAUUGUCUAAUUGAUGAUUUUAAAAAUUGGACCUCAGGAAAUCCAAUUGUUGAUCGGGCUAUUCAAAAUGCACAAAUUGAUUGUCCUAUACCACGUAGAAUCAUUGAAUGGAUCCCUUAUAAUGACCUUUAUGAUAUUAAAUUUAAAACUCGUGGUGGCUGCGCAUCGAUUUACACCGCUAUUUGGGAAAAAGGUUAUAUUCUAUCAUUUGAUAACGACCAAAAAUGUUUCAAAAGAUAUGGUGCCGAAAAUGUCAUACUUAAAAGGUUAAAUAAUUCUUCUAAUACAGAUGAAAGAUUUUUGAAUGAG